AUGUCUUCAUCGAGGAGGAUUAACAGGGUCGUGCUGAGGAAGCACGUCCCGAUCUUCGAUGCCGAAGAAAAAGAGCAGGAGAACGCGAUCCUCGCCCGCGCGACCAAGGAUUGGGCGGGCGUCAAGGACGGGUCCUGGAUACUGGACCAGUUCUCCCUCGACGCGCACCUCGUCGAGCCGCCGGAGCUCUCCACCUUGUACGUGCGUGCCAAGAUCGAGGCCCGGGAGCGCGGAAUCAAGUGCAUCUUCGAGUCCAUGGCGGAGAACUUCAUCCUCAUGAGGCUGCUGUUGGGCGACAGGGAUUAUGGGCUCGUCUACGACGGCGCCAAGAACACGCUCUCGCUGCUCCCCCGCGUCCCCGGCGCCAACACGAAUUACUUCAUGGCCUGCCUCAUGACGCCCACGGUCUUUCCUGUGCCCUUCGAACUCCUGGAGCGGCCCGCCGUCCUGCCACGCAAGGACGGCUCCUACGAUCUGCUCAACGUGGGGUUCUUCUGGGAAAGGUACGAUGGAGGGUGGCAGUGGAGCGGGAGGGGCAUUCUCUUCCGGUGGUCGAGCCGUGGCCCUGCCGAGUGGACGAAGCAGGUGGCGCGUCUCAGCCCGCAGAUCCGGCUUCCGCGUGAACACCCCGAGCGGCCGUUGCACGAAGCAGACGUGGUCUUCACUUUCAAAGGGAAGGUUUUCUGGGCCGACCUUCUCCAUGGCGCCAUUGUCUGCGACAUGAUCUCCGCCGGUACCAGGGACGACGACCACGUGGAGCUGGAUCUCCCAGAGGAGUGCCAAGGGCGUGACUUCUGGAACAGCUGCCCCAACCCCAAGGAGCAUCGGACCAUGGGCCCAGUCAGGGACUCCAUAAAGUUCAUCUCCAUCGUCACUGCCGACGGUGAGACCCCCCGUGACAACACGCGCCCUGCCGACGUCGUGCUGCGGAGCUGGACUCUGGCGCCGGAUCUUCGCUCCUGGACGAGAGACGACGACAUGGAGCUGCCCUUGACGCUGCUCCUGGAAUCGGAAGCCUACAAGUGCCAGGGGCUGCCGGUCGCAGUGCCGCAGCACCCAUAUCUGAAGCCUGACGAGGAGGGUGUCCUCUACCUCUCGCUGGGAGAUUACUACGUCGACAAGAGAAGAAGGCCACGACUAUGCAUGAAGGUUGAGUAUCUGAUCAGCAUCGACAUGCGCAGGAAGUCUCUCCUGUUCCACAGCCACAUCAAAGAUGGAUUCGCACCGCCCAAAGGAAAAAUGAAUCGUCUGCUAUAG